AUGCCUCCAAUACCACUGCCGCAUCUCAUUGUGGAGAUUACGGAGAAAGAGUGGGAAAUGUUUAUCGAUGCCAAGGCUGCUGUGCUUCCGUGCAUCCCAUUUGUGGAGCUCCCGUCGGACCUGAGGGAUUCCGCCAGGCGAUGA